AUGCCGAUCGCAUCGGACGUGGAUCUGGCGGAGGUGUUUUUCAACGAAGAAGAUCUGCCGUACGAGGAGGAGAUUCUUCGCAAUGCCUACUCCGUGAAGCACUGGAUGCGGUACGUCGAGCACAAGCGAAACGGGUCCCGGCUCGUGAUCAACACGGUGUUCGAGCGCGCCCUAAAGGAGCUGCCGGGCUCGUACAAACUGUGGUACAACUAUCUGAAGACGCUGCGCAAGCAGGUGAAGGGCAAGUGCAUCACCGACGGCGAGUACGAGGAGGUCAACAAUGCGUUCGAACGGUCGCUGGUCUUCAUGCACAAGAUGCCCCGCAUCUGGAUGGACUACUGUGCGUUCAUGACGUCCCAGUGCAAGAUUACGCGCACCCGGCAGGUGUUCGAUCGUGCGCUGCGAGCCCUACCGAUCACGCAGCAUCACCGCAUUUGGCCGCUCUAUCUGGAGUUUCUGAAACGCUUCUCCAUCCCGGAGACGGCGGUGCGCGUCUGGCGCCGGUACCUGAAGCUGUGCCCGGAGGACGCCGAAGAGUACGUGGAGUUCCUCGUUUCGAUCGGCCACCUCGAUGAGGCGGCCCAGCAGCUGGCCAACAUCGUGGACAACGAGCACUUUGUCUCGAAGCACGGCAAAUCGAACCACCAGCUGUGGAACGAGCUGUGCGAACUGAUCUCGAAGAACCCGAACAAGGUUUACUCGCUCAACGUGGACGGCAUCAUUCGGGGCGGGCUGCGGCGGUACACUGAUCAGUUAGGCCACCUGUGGAACUCGCUGGCCGGGUAUUACGUGCGCAGCGGACUGUUCGACCGGGCGCGGGACAUCUACGAGGAGGCGAUACAAACGGUGACGACGGUUCGUGACUUUAGCCAGGUGUUCGAUGCGUACGCACAGUUCGAGGAACUCAGCCUGGGUAAGGUGAUGGAGGCAUUGGAGCGCAACCCGGAUCCAACGGAGGACGGUGAGAUCGACGUGGAACUGCGGAUGGCACGCUUCGAGUACCUGAUGGAGCGCCGGCUGCUGCUGCUGAACAGUGUCCUGUUGCGCCAGAACCCACAUAACGUGGCCGAGUGGCACAAGCGGGUCGAGCUGUACGAGGGUAAGCCGCACGAAAUCAUCAACACGUACACGGAGGCCGUCCACACGGUCCAACCGAAGCUGGCCGUCGGGAAGCUGUACACGCUCUGGGUAGCGUUUGCCAAGUUCUACGAAACGAACCACCAACUGGAGGAUGCGCGGAUCGUGUUCGAGAAGGCGGUCCAGGUGGACUUCCUGAAGGUGGACGAGCUGGCGGGCGUGUGGUGCGAGUGGGCCGAAAUGGAAAUCCGGCAGGAGCAGUACGAGCAGGCGCUGCACAUCAUGCAGCGGGCCACGGCGAUGCCGAAGCGAAAGGUGGCCUACCACGACGACACGGAGACGGUGCAGAUGCGCGUGUACAAGUCGCUCAAACUGUGGUCCAUGUACGCCGAUCUGGAGGAGAGCUUCGGUACGUUCCGGACCUGCAAGCAGGUGUACGAUCGCAUUAUCGAUCUGAAGAUCUGCACGCCGCAGAUCAUCAUCAACUACGGGAUGUUCCUCGAGGAGCACAACUACUUCGAGGAGGCGUUCAAGGCGUACGAGAAGGGCAUCGCGCUGUUCAAGUGGCCCAACGUGUACGACAUCUGGAACACGUACCUGACCAAGUUCCUCAAGCGGUACGGCGGCCAGAAGCUUGAGCGCGCACGGGAUCUCUUCGAGCAGUGCCUCGACGGCUGCCCGCCGGAUUUGGCCAAAACGCUGUACCUGCUGUACGCGAAGCUCGAGGAAGAGCACGGUCUGGCGCGCCACGCGAUGGCCGUGUACGAGCGGGCGACGACGGCCGUGAAGGAGGAAGAAAUGUACGCCAUGUUCAAUCUGUACAUCAAGAAGGCGGCCGAAAUCUACGGAAUCCCUCGGACGCGCCAGAUCUACGAGAAGGCCAUCGAGGUGCUGCCGGAGGCGGAUUCGCGCAAGAUGUGCGUCCUGUUUGCGGAGAUGGAGACGAAGCUGGGCGAGAUCGAUCGGGCCCGGGCGAUCUACGCGCACUGCAGCCAAAUGUGCGAUCCGCGCAUUACGGGCGAGUUCUGGCAGACGUGGAAGGAGUUUGAGAUCCGGCACGGCAACGAGGACACGAUGCGGGAGAUGCUGCGCAUCAAGCGCUCGAUUCAGGCCACGUACAACACGCAGAUCAACAUGAUGUCGGCGGCCCUCAUUAACGCGGCCAUCACGACGGGCGAGCCACCGAAGGAUGCCAUGCGGGCACUGGAGGUGAAGGCGGCCGAAACGACGGCCCGGGCCAUCGCGGCGGUCGGGGCGGGCGGUGGCAACAUAAUGUUUGUGCGCGGCGAAACGCAGGGCGGUAGCGCGAAGGACGAUCGGGUGGUUAACCCGGACGAGAUCGAUAUCGACGAUGAUGAGGACGACGAGGACGACACCGGCAACGGAGCGGAACUUGAUGAGGACAUUAGCAAAAGGGUGCCCAUCGAACGGCAAACCAUACCGGCGAAAGUGUUUGGAAGUCUGCGUCGGAAGGAGGACGAUGAGGACAAUGAAGAGAAUGGACUUUGAAUUGUGUGAUCGAAAUAAAUACAUAAACAAACAA